GGCGCCGCUGCGGACACGGCGCUCCGCCGGCUGCCGCCCUGCCCCCGAACUACGCGUCCCAGCAUGCACCGCGGCGCCGCUGCGGACACGGCGCUCCGACGGCUGCCGCCCUGCCCCCGAACUACGCGUCCCAGCAUGCACCGCGGCGCCCGCGCAAGGCACGCCGGGACCCGUGGCGCUCCGGGGGCUGAGCCGGAAGCGCCCUGUGAGCUCGCCGGAAGCUCUCGGCGGCAGCUGGCCCGACGCGGCGGGGCCCUGCGAGCGGGGCGGAGGGAGCGGCUCUCACCCACGCUCCAAUUGCAGAAGCUGCUGUUUAAAAGAAAGAUUUUUAUUUUUAUAAGAAGAGAAUGGAUGGAGAGGAGAAGACAUAUGGUGGGUGUGAGGGCCCAGAUGCGAUGUACGUGAAGCUGAUCUCCUCUGAUGGCCAUGAGUUCAUUGUAAAAAGAGAGCAUGCAUUAACAUCAGGAACAAUAAAAGCCAUGCUGAGUGGGCCAGGACAGUUUGCAGAAAACGAAACAAAUGAGGUGAAUUUCAGAGAGAUCCCAUCCCAUGUCCUAUCCAAAGUCUGCAUGUAUUUCACCUACAAGGUUCGCUACACCAACAGCUCUACGGAGAUUCCUGAAUUCCCCAUUGCACCUGAAAUUGCACUGGAACUUCUGAUGGCUGCAAACUUCUUAGAUUGUUAAAUAAAAUAAAUUAUAACUAAAAAAAAAAAACCCAAACAAAAAAAAACCAACAAAAAAUGUAACUUUUUUUUCAGUAUUUAAUACAUGUAUUUCAGUGAGUAACCUUUUUCAGAUAGCAUGUUGUGUGUGUGCUGUUGAGAACUGUUGAAGUUCAGUGGUGGGGCAGCUGCUCUCACCCCUGCUGCAGAUAGCAAUCCUUCAGCUGGAGUUUGUUUUGCUUCUGACACAAAUUAAGGACCUUUUCACAAACUGAGACAAAUAAACAAAUCUGCCAAUUAGUAGAUGGCUAUGCCGUAUCCUUUAGGUGUGGUAGAACUUCCUUCUGGUACCAUGACCAUAGCAGACUCUGGAGUUGAGUUGAAUGCUUUCUCCAAGGUUAACUGUAGUGAAAUACUAGUAGCUGUUUAGAGUUUCUAACCUCUUACUGUUCAUGUUUCUAAACAUCUGAACUUAAUCUCCUUUGUAAGGUAACUGUUCUUUAGCAUAGCCGCACUAACGAGGUGAGAAGUGUCCUCCUUGAGGUUUGUAUUCUGAUAGCAAUACUCCAUUUGGGUUGUGCUGGGGACUUGAGUAACCUGGUCUAGUGGGAGGUGUCCCUGCCUAUGGCAGGGGGUUAGAACUAGAUGAUCCUUAAGGUCCCUUCCAACCCAAACCAUUCUAUGAUUUAAGAGAAGGCUUAAGGCUUUUUAUUUAAACCAUAGUAUAGAGCUGUGUAAAAAGGUACUUGAUAUAUUUUUGUUUUAUAACCUAAGUUUUCCCCCUUGGUAACUCCAAAUGCUGCAGUCACUCAUCUGUGCAGUAAGACUGUGCUCCUGCUGACAGUGGCUUUUAAGGGGAAAAAGUACUGUUAGAAGCUCUGUGUGUCUGUAGAACAUAGAAGGCUGUUCUUAAUGUCUUGUCACUUGAUUGAUGCAUAUUUUACCUGCUUUCAGUUCUGGUUUCUCUCCACUGUUCUGUAAAGGCUGUGUUUGAUCUCUAAAGAAGCAGCCAUCAGCGCUGUACCAUAGCAGCUGAAACGAUGGCUGUGCUCCUGUCUUUCACCUCUUCCUCCACCUCUCCUUUGGACCCACUGGAAAAGACUCAGAACCAUGGAGAUCUUUUCUGUCUGAAGGAAAGGGCAUUAAGCGGAUGUUUAAGGAGCUGUUUUAUAAAUUUCUUAGGUAUUUCCAAUGUUUUUACAAAUAGUUUAGGGGACAAGGAUUGGCAAGCCACUGCCAUCAUACUAGAGCACAACACAACAUCCCUUGGGUGUUGCUGCUGGUGGGUGCCUGUUCUACCAGUUCUUGGUUCCAAACAAGUUUCCAUAAAAGGAAGAAUUCAGACUUGAGACACAAAAGUUUGGGGGUUGUUCAGCUGCAGCCUGAAGAGCCCUGCUGCCAAAAUCACCAGUAAAUGAGAAUAAAUGUCAUUUCUCAUACAACAGUUGUGCCAGAGCAAUGUAGUUGGUGUUCCAUCAGCUGCCAUUGCUUCAGCUUUAUUUGCAUCAAGAAGUGGUGGUGGUCUUUCAUGGAGACAUCCUACUGAUGGAUGGCAGAACCUCUCAAGGUGAAGAUAGAAGGCUGCAACUCUCCCCUACAGCCAUUUGCCAACAGAAAGGCAGCUUAGGAAAGGUUCCUCUGCACAAAGCCAGUAAGCAGCACAGGCUGCCCGUGGAGGGGGGCUGAUCUGAUGUGAAACAUCACUCUGGCCUUGAGUGAUGUUGGAGGGACAGGUUGCCACGUGUCAGCUUGGUGAUAGCUGAACUGGCAUUAACACAACACCUGCUUGGGCACAAGUUUAGCACUAGGCUGCUUUGGCAUGAUGGAGCUACUCUACAUUGCAGGGAGUUGUUGGAGCCCUGGGGUCAGUGCUGUGAGUAACUCACUGCUGAGCCCUGAGAAGCUACAGGCAAGCAGGGACACCCUGCCAUGCUGUGCUUAGAGCCAGCAGGGCUGCCCCAACAAGUCCAGGAAUACUGACCUGGGUAUUUUAGUCUCUGCUGUCUGAGUUUUAGCUCCAACUGUAAGUGAUUCUGAAGUUUUUGGUAGUGAUGAGGUCAAUGGAUUGAAGUUUAAAAGUAGUUUAAAAUGCAAGUUAAAAUAAAAGGUCAAUUGUUUAAAAAACAUUGCUUUUCCUUUCUUCCUUCCUUCCCACCCUUCUAAGCUUUCCAAAUCAAUCUCCUGUUCCAAUACUGUGCAUUUUCUGACUCUGUGCUCCAGCAGUGAGGUAAAGCAGCUGGUUUAGUUGGUUUUCCUUUCACCUGGGUGUAUCCUGGAGUGGCUCAGCAAGUGCAGUGGUGCCCUGGAGCAGGCUCUUUGCAAACCCACCGGACUGGGGAGAGGAGGGCGGCAGAGGGAGUCUGUGCGAUCCCCUCCGACAGUGAGCUGGGUAUGCUUUUAUUGGACAAUUGGAACCUUGCCACGCUUAACCCCUGAGCUCUGAAUAAAUUUCAACAUGGAAAAUUUUUAAA